CUGCUGGGAGAGCACGUCCCCGCCGCCACUCUGCCGGUUUGAACUUGGCGGGCCCGAUGUGGGCGGCCGGGCUGUGGGGGGCUGCUUCGCCGGCUUCCUCGGCCGGCUGCAGGUCCAGGUCUCGGCCUUCCUGCGGCCCCUUCUCCGACCUCAUGGCGGGCGCCCCGGGGCAGGGGCCGGAGACGGUGACGGUCUGCUCGCCGUCGCCGCCGCUGAGCUGCAGCAAUUCCACCAUGUCACUGUUGUCUCCCCUUGGCCACCAGAGCUUCCCGUUUGACUACGACGAUGGCGACGGGGAGGAUGAGGAGGACGUGGAGGAAGAUGCUCAGGAUUUAGAAGCUAAGGUGGCGAACCUGAGAGGAGUGGAGUUACAGGGGUGCGUCAGCAGUGUGGUUGGGUCAGAAGAUAACCAAGAACAGAAACAGGUGUGCCUACCUGAAAGCCGCCUGACACCAUGGGAAGUGUGGUUUGUUGGCAAAGAAAAAGAAGAACGUGACCGUCUGCAACAGAAGGCUCUGGAGGAAUUAAAUCAACAGCUAGAAAAAAGAAAAGAAAUGGAAGAACGUGAAAAAAGAAAGGCAAUUGCUGAAGAAAAGCACAAGGAAUGGGUUCAGAAGAAGAAUGAACAGAAAAAAAAAGAAAGGGAACAAAAAAUUAAUAAAGAAAUGGAGGAAAAAGCAGCAAAGGAGAUGGAGAAAGAACAUUUGCAAGAAAAGGCAAAAGAAAAAUAUCAGGAAUGGUUGAAGAAAAAAAAUGCUGAAGAAUGUGAGAAGAAGAAGAAAGAAAAGGAAAAAGAAAAACAACGGCAAGCUGAAUUACAGGAAAAAAAGGAAAUAGCAGAGAAAAAGUUUAAGGAAUGGUUGGAAAAUGCAAAAAAUAAACCUCGUCCAGCUGCAAAGGGCUAUGGUUAUGCCAACGGAAAACUUACAGAUUUUUACAGUGGAAAUUCUUAUCCAGAACCAGCCUUUUAUAACCCAAUUCCAUGGAGACCCAUUCAUAUGCCUCCUUCCAAAGAAGCUAAGGACCUAUCAGGAAAGAAGACUAAAAGGCCUGUAAUAAGUCAGCCACACAGGUCAUCGUCUCUGGUGGUUCAGAAAGCUAGAAACAAUCUUUGCCUUGGAACUCUGUGCAGAAUACAAAGAUAGCAGAUAUGGGAAAUUGCAUGCUUUUACCUGGAGCUAUUUAAUUUUAAAAUUAGAAUAGUUUUUUUACUGCUCAGGCAGCAGCUCAACAUUUGAUGUGAUUAUUAACAAGUUCAUGUUUUUGCAUUUGUAUAUGUUGUCCUUAGAGUUAAUUGAGGAAGACGUUUUAUACAUUUUCAUUUUUAUAAGUGCUUCAAGGUAGAUCUUGGCCUAUUGUUUCACAGGAUAGGUGACUGGAUAUCUAACAAUUGUGUUUCUAUUUAGCUUGUAUUAAAACGACAUUGUAAUACCAGUAAAACCAACAAUUUGUAUGGUGUUCUUUCA